CGUAUGAACGAAUCAAACGCACACUUAACCUGACUGUAGCCGCUGCUAGCCAUUCGCACACUUGUCUAAAAAGACAAGUUACAUUUUCACCUAUCAAGUUAAGUGUUGUCAUUUCUCCCCCUUAUUUCUGCAUUUUUUUCAACUUAUUGGUUAAGCUAACAUGUCAAAGAUCCUGCUCGCGUGCGGCGUUGUUAAAUCUGUCAGAGUGGGAUGCGUGGUGGGCAGAAACGUGGGGAGCACAGCGAGCUGGCUCCAGCUUCAAACUACCAAACGCUUCAGUUUGAAGGCUCAGACAGCCCGCCUGGUACUGGAGGACGGCACCUCGAUGAAAGGGUUUUCCUUUGGGCACACAGCGUCUGUAGCUGGUGAACUGGUCUUCAAUACUGGCUUGGUCGGGUACCCCGAGGCUCUGACUGACCCCAGCUACAGAGGUCAGAUCCUGACGCUGACAUACCCAAUUGUGGGCAACUAUGGCGUACCUAACACAGAGGAGCUGGAUGAGCUGGGCCUCAGAAAACAUGUGGAGUCUGAACGGAUUCAGGUGUCUGGUCUUCUGGUCCAAGACUACAGCCACGAGUACAGCCACUGGAACUCUGUCAAGUCUUUGGGUCAAUGGCUGCAGGAAGAGAAGGUUCCUGCUCUGUUCGGGAUAGACACCAGAAUGCUGACCAAGAUCAUCAGAGACAAGGGUACAGUGUUGGGAAAGAUUGAAUUUGACGGCCAGCCUGUUGACAUAACUGACCCAAAUCAGAAAAAUCUUGUAGCAGAGGUUUCAACCAAGGAAACUAAAGUUUUUGGUAAAGGGAACCCAGUUAAAGUGGUGGCUGUCGACUGUGGUGUAAAGCAUAACAUAAUUCGACUGCUGGUUAAGAGGGGUGCAGAGGUCCACCUGGUGCCAUGGAACCAAGAUUUGUUGAGUUUGAAGUAUGACGGCCUCUUCAUAUCAAAUGGGCCUGGAGAUCCAUCUCUUGCAGAGACACUAAUCAACAAUGUUCGAAAGGUGCUGGACAGCGAUCGUCCAGAACCAGUAUUUGGCAUCUGUAUGGGUAAUCAGAUUACUGCUUUGGCUGCAGGAGCAAAGUCUUAUAAACUACCAAUGGGGAACAGAGGCCAGAACCAGCCGGUGCUGAACGUGAUGACAGGCCAGGCCUUCAUUACAGCACAGAACCAUGGUUACGGCAUAGACAGCAAGUCGCUGCCUCCAGGCUGGAGUUCGCUUUUCAUCAAUGCUAAUGAUGGCACAAAUGAGGGCAUCAUGCACAACAGCAAGCCGGUUUUCACGGCCCAGUUCCAUCCGGAGGCUAAGGGUGGUCCCACCGACACAGAGUUUCUUUUUGAUGCCUUCAUAUCCAUGAUUAAAAAAGGAAAAGAUGCCAACAUAGUUUCAGUCAUGCCCAAAAAACCCUGCCUUCCUCCCAGAGCCCAGGUGUCAAAGGUGCUGGUCCUGGGGUCUGGAGGUCUGUCCAUUGGUCAGGCGGGAGAGUUUGACUACUCUGGAUCUCAGGCCAUCAAGGCUAUGAAGGAAGAAAACCUGAAGACGGUGCUCAUGAAUCCAAACAUUGCCUCUGUUCAGACGAACGAAGUUGGUUCCAAACAGGCAGACUCCGUUUACUUUCUGCCUGUCACACCGGAGUUUGUAACUGAGGUCAUCAAAGCUGAGCGUCCAGAUGGCAUUCUUCUCUCAAUGGGUGGACAGACUGCCCUCAACUGUGGUGUAGAACUAUUCCAGAGUGGGAUUUUGGAGAAGUAUGAAGUGAAAGUUCUUGGAACACCAGUGGAGUCCAUAAUAGCCACAGAGGACAGACAGUUGUUUGCUGACAAGCUUAUGCAGAUCAAUGAGAAGAUUGCACCCAGUUUUGCUGUAGAAUCGGUGUCUGAUGCCUUAAAGGCAGCGGAGCAGAUUGGUUACCCCGUCAUGUUACGAUCCGCUUAUGCUUUAGGAGGAUUGGGUUCUGGUCUGUGUGCUAACAAAGAGAAGCUGGAGGAAACCGCCCAUAAGGCUCUGGCCAUGAGCAGUCAAAUCCUGGUGGAGCGGUCCUUACUGGGAUGGAAGGAGGUAGAAUAUGAAGUGGUGAGAGAUGUGGCUGAUAACUGUGUUACUGUCUGCAACAUGGAAAACUUUGAUCCACUGGGAAUUCACACAGGUGACUCCAUAGUGGUGGCCCCUAGUCAGACACUUUCUAAUGAGGAAUACCACAUGCUACGCGAGACUGCCAUCAAGGUAGUCCGCCACCUGGGAAUUGUGGGUGAAUGCAACAUUCAGUACGCCCUUCACCCUUCAUCUCUUGAAUACUGCAUCAUUGAGGUUAAUGCCCGGCUCUCUAGAAGCUCAGCUCUGGCAUCCAAGGCAACCGGGUAUCCCCUGGCUUUUGUGGCGGCUAAGCUGGCUCUCGGAAUACCUCUUCCUGAAAUCCAGAAUGCCGUGUCUGAGAAAACCACCGCUUGCUUUGAGCCUAGCCUAGACUACAUUGUCACCAAAAUUCCUCGUUGGGACCUCGACCGCUUUCAGGGCAUGUCCCGCGAAAUAGGCAGCGCCAUGAAGAGUGUUGGAGAGGUAAUGGCAGUGGGUCGAACUUUUGAAGAGAGUAUUCAGAAGGCCUUGAGGAUGUGUCAUCCAUCUGUGGACGGCUUUGUUCCCCAGCUGCCACUCAAGAAAGCCUGGGCUGACACCCACGACCUGCAACAGGAGUUGGCUGUGCCCUCUAGCACUCGCAUUUUCUCCCUGGCUAAAGCCCUCCAUCAAGGUAUGAGUGUUGGUGAGAUCCAUCAACUGACAGCCAUAGACAAGUGGUUCCUCCAUAAGCUCCAAAGGAUAACACACCUGGAACAUCACCUUAAAACUUAUAAAAGUAACACAAUACCCAGAGAGCUGCUGCUGAAGGCCAAGCAGGACGGCUUUUCAGAUAAGCAGAUUGGUCGGAUUCUGGGCGGUAAUGAGACAGGAACCAGAGAGCUGAGGCUUGCUCGUGGUAUCAGACCCUGGGUCAAACAGAUCGACACCUUGGCAGCAGAGUAUCCAGCUAUGACCAACUACCUAUAUUGUACUUAUAAUGGUCAAGAGCAUGAUCUAGACUUUCAAGACAAGGGGAUUAUGGUUCUUGGUUGUGGACCAUACCACAUUGGUAGCAGUGUUGAGUUUGACUGGUGUGCUGUAUCCGCUAUCAGAGCCUUGAGGCAACUGGGCAAGAAGACAGUGGUGGUCAAUCACAAUCCUGAGACGGUCAGCACUGACUUUGAUGAGUGUGACCGCCUCUACUUUGAAGAGUUAACCCUGGAGCGCAUCCUUGAUAUCACCCAGCAGGAGGAUUGCUCUGGUAGCAUUGUGUCAGUGGGAGGUCAGAUUCCCAACAACCUGGCCAUCCCGCUGCACAUGAGUGGGGUGAAAAUUCUCGGGACGAGCCCUUUGCAGAUUGACCGGGCUGAGGAACGCUCUGUCUUUUCAAGAAUCCUCGAUGAGCUGGAGGUGUCCCAGGCCCCAUGGAGGGCACUGAGCUCCCUGGAGGAUGCCUUUGCCUUUGCCAACCAGGUGGGGUAUCCCUGUCUUCUGCGGCCCUCAUAUGUUCUCAGUGGCUCUGCAAUGAAUGUUGCGUAUGGAGAAGAGGAGAUGAAACGCUUCUUAGAAGAGGCUACACAGGUAUCCCAGGAGCAUCCAGUGGUCAUCACAAAGUUUGUGCGUGGGGCCAGGGAGGUAGAAGUUGAUGCUGUGGCUAAGGAUGGCAAGGUUCUUGUCCAUGCCAUAACAGAGCAUGUGGAAGAUGCUGGGGUGCAUUCAGGGGAUGCCACUUUAAUGCUCCCAACACAAACCAUUAGCCAGGGAGCUUUAGAAAAGGUGAAAAUCGCAACUCGAAAGAUUGCACAGGCGUUUGAAAUUUCCGGACCUUUCAACACUCAAUUUCUGGUUAAAGACAAUGAUGUUAUGGUGAUAGAGUGUAAUCUGCGAGCAUCGCGUUCUUUUCCAUUUGUAUCAAAAACAAUCGGUGUGGACUUCAUCAACGUAGCAACCAAAGUAAUGGUUGGAGAGCCUUUGGAUGAAUCCAUUCUACCUUCACUGGACAAACCAUUUAUUCCUGUAGACUAUGUAGGAAUCAAGGCUCCGAUGUUCUCCUGGCCCAGAUUAAGGGACGCAGACCCCGUUCUUCGAUGUGAGAUGGCUUCCACUGGAGAAGUAGCAUGUUUUGGACCAAACAUUUACUCAGCCUUCCUGAAGGCGAUGCUCUCUACUGGCUUUAAACUGCCACAGAAAGGCAUCCUUAUUGGAAUUCAGCAAUCUUUCCGACCCAACUUCCUUGCUACAGCACACCAGCUCAAAGAAGAAGGCUUUAAGCUGUAUGCCACAGAAGCAACAUCUGCCUGGUUGUGUGCCAAUGAUGUACCUGCCAUUCCAGUCGCCUGGCCCACGGAAAAAGGAGUUACUGAACUCCCCACUAUUAAAGGACUGAUCAACGAGGGUCAAAUUGAUCUUGUGGUCAACUUGCCCAAUAACAACACGCGACACCUGAAAGACAACUUCCUUAUCCGCAGAAUGGCCAUCGAUCAUGGUGUUCCCCUCAUCACCAAUUACCAGGUGGUUAAGCUGUUUGCAGAAGCUAUUCGUUAUGCAGGUGAGCUCGACGCCACCAGCCUCUUUCACUACCGGCAGAAAGAAGGACAACCAAGAGGUGCCAGUCAGCAAGGGUAGGACCAUCGUUACUGCUAUGUAUUCUGAAAUGAUCAACGCUGAAGGUGGAAGGACAAGUUAUUAUUUUAAUGUGUGUAUGGUUACGUUUUUGAGUAUGGAAAUGUAAAAAGAAUAAGAAGACAAAAUCCUUUUUUGGGGGGGAUUUCUUAAAUAAUUGUCUUUUUGUUAUUUGUGUAAUUCGCUUUCUUAGACGAUUUAGUCCAAGAAGAGCUUUGUCCUUUUUGAGAACACAGAAGGUUAAAAAUGUACCUUUUAAAUUCUGAGGUGAUGUUGGCACUAAACUAAAGCGUUUACAACACCUUUUUUUUUACAACCAGCUACAUUUGAUUUGGUUCCUGAACCCUUUAUUUGACAUUUUCUGUAGCUGCUACUGUUUUUUUUCUCCAUGUUGACUAAUGACAGAAUAUAUUUAUAUGCAAUAUAUUUCAUUAAAAAAUAAAUUUCAUUUUUAGGAUCCGAGUUAAAAUAAGUAAAUUAAUAAUUGGAAAAGUAAUACAACAGAAUUAUUGUUAGAUUCUAUCAUACACUAUAUUGCCAAAAGUGUUGCCUCACCCGCAUUGACUUACAUAUGCCCUGAAGUGCCAUCGCAUUCCUAACCCAUAGAGUUCAAUAUGAUGUGGGACCACCUUUUGCAGCCAUUACAGCUUGAAAUCUUCUGGGAAGGCUGUUUACAAGGUUGAGGAGUGUGUUUCUAGGAAGGUUUGACCAUUCUUCUAAAAGCGCAUUGGUGAUGUCACACACUAAUGUUGGUGGAGAAGGCCUGGCUCUCAGUGUCUGUUCUAAUUCAUCCCAGAGGUGUUCUAUUGGGUUCAGAUCAGAACUCUGUGCAGACCAGUCAAGUUCAUCCACACCAUAUUCUGUCAUCCAUGUCUUUAUGGACCUUGCUUUGUGCACUGGCACACAAUCAUAUUGGAAGAGGAAGAGGCCGCUCAAAACUCUUCCCACAGGUUGGGAGCAUGGAAUUGUCCAAAAUGUUUUUGUCUCCUGAAGCAUUCAAAGUUCCUUUCACUGGAACUAAGGGUCCAAGCCUAAGUCCUGAAAAACAAGCCCACACCAUAAUUCCUCCUCCACCAAAUUUCACACUCGGCGCAAUGCAGUCCGAAAUGUACCGUUCUCCUGGCAACCCCCAAAUUCAGACUUGUCCAUCACAUUGUCAGAUGAAAAAGUGUGAUUCAUCACUCCAGAGAAUGUGUCUCUACUGUUCUAGAGUAUAAUGGCAGUGUGUUUUACACCACUGCAUCGCAGCACUGCCCUUGGUGAUGUGUGGCUUGGAUGAGGCUGCUUGGCUAUGGAAACCCAUUCCAUGAAGCUCUCUGUGUACUAUACUUAGGCUAAUCUGAAGGUCACAUGAAGUUUGGAGCUCUGUAGCAAUUGACUGUACAGAAAGGCAGGGACUUAUUUGGACUGUGUGCUUCAGCGUUCGCUGACCCCUCUCCGUCGGUUUACGUGGCUUACCACUUUGUGGCUGAGUUGCUGUUGCUCCCAAACUCUUUCAUUUUGUCAGGACAGAGCUGACAGUUGACUGUGGAUCAGUUAGGAGUGAGGAAAUUUCAUGACUGGAUUUGUGGGACCAAAUCCAAAAAAUAAACGUUCCAGGUUGGAAUUCACUGAGCUGCUGAGAGCGACCCAUUCUUUCCCAAAUGUUUUUAAGAACAGUCUGCAUCUACUUCUGAUCAUUUGGAUGGGUGAGUGAAUACUUUUGGUAACAUAGUGUAUUUUCUAUGACAUUGAUUUUUUUAUUUCAUCAUAUUUUUAUUGUGUUUUGUGAACACUGUAUUUGGACAAUCAUCAAACAUGAUUUCGUUAAUGUUUUUAUUUAAUGCAGUCAGUUGUAUUAUUAUUAUUUUCUAAAUGUGUUGUUUACUUACUGAUUCUUUUUCCUUAUUGGAUUUUGUUGAAUAAAUAAUCCCAACAGUA